AUUAAAAAGCAGUGGAGACUUUCUAUGAGUUGUGCGACGAGGAAGCAUUUUCCAAAUAUAAAAAAAGCUAUUAAAUAGUGCAAAUUAAUUUAUAAAUUUAAGUGCAACGUAUAUAUAACUAAAUAUAACAAACGCAUGCAAAUAAAUAUCAGUAAAUAAGGCAAAUUCAAGCAGCAAAUUCGAGUGACGCAAAAACCACAUACACACACAUUGGCAGCCUCAUUUUUUUUUUUAGAAAGUACGUGAGAAAAAAACAAGUUUGGUUGUGUGUGUACGCAUGUCGAGUGGAGAGUAGCGGAGACUUUUUGUUUCUGUUUAGCGAGCGACACAAUUAAUUGUGGAUGGCUUACAACACAAACAAUAUAAAAACAAAAGCAGAUAAUGUUGAUUGUUACACAGGAGCAGAAACAACAACAACAGCAGCAAGAUCUAUUAAAGCAGCAGCAGCAGCGAGAAAUGCAUGUACCAGCAACAAACGAGACCAUCAAGUACAACAAUUGCAUUGGAUAUUGAAAUUUGUGCGACGGAAGGAGAAAAAGCAAAAACAACAGCAGCUAGCAACAACAAUUUUCGACGAUUGGCAGCCAUAUUUACAACUACAACCACAACCACAACAACAAAUAAUACAAAAGCGCGAUCCACGAUAUUGUAAAAAAGAUACGUGACAAAAAUUCGAGAAGAGCAAGACGAAGACUGAGUAUGAAAUUAGUUUGAAUAAACAACUAUUAUAAAAAAAAUACAAAGAAAUAAACAAAGUGUAUUACAUAAAAAAAACUGAAAUUAAAAAUAGAAAAACAAAACAAAAAAACAAAAUAUACGAAAUAUUAUGGAAAUUGCUCCUAUAUUUAAUACCGCCGUCGUCGCAACAGCCGCCGCUGCCACAGCCUCUACGUCGACGUCACAGCACAAGCAGCGACAGAAUCGCUCUGCUGCUGCAGCAGCCGUUUUUGCCUCGUGCAAAGAAAGCAACAACAAUCCAAAUGAUAACGUCAAUUUGGCGGUUCUCGCAUCGCUGACUUUGCAAAAGGUGCUCAACAUCAACAAUAUUAAUAACAACCACCACCACAACAACAACUGCAACAAUAAUAAUAAUAAUAAUGGCACAAGAAGUGAUAGUGUGUCGUCUUAUCAACCACUGUCAGCGGUUACAAAAGCAACACCAAUCAAGGCAAGCAAGCAACACGAACAACAACAACAACAACGACGACACUCUGAUAACGAAACUGAGAAUGAUGUAUUAAAUCAAUUGCUAAAAACGGGCGCGGUAUUUACAGCGGCAACAGUUGCUGUCACGCCCAAUGGCAUCAGUGCGCCCAUUGCCAUUGAGAAGAGGACGCAGCAUAAGCAACAGCAACAACAGCAACAUCAGCAACAACAACAGCAGCAACAACAACAGCAACAACAACAGCAACAACAUGCAAAUAGCGCACAAAAACAACGCCUCAAUUCAUCCAUAUCAUCAACAAAUUCAAGCACAUCAACCAACUCCUUUACGGCCAAUAGCUAUGGCAGCUCCUGUUCCUCUACCGAGGAUCCCAUGGCGGCAACAACAUCAGCAGGCAGAUCAGCAACAUCUUUUAAAUCGUCCAGCAUUAAAUUGCCAGAGAAAUCGAAAAUUCCGUCCGAUAUACUCGACGAUCUGGCCAGUCGCUUUAUCAUCAAUGUGCCGGACAUGGAGCUAAAUAAUUUAAUACGCAUUUGCUUUCAAAUUGAGUUGGCCCAUUGGUUCUACUUGGACUUCUUUUGUGCCCCCGAAGAUUCCGAACAACAGCAGCAAAAACGGAAGCUCCCCGUUGUUGGCAUCAAACAAUUUGCCGUGCAGCUUUUUCAGCACAUUCCCUUUCUGAACAAGCAUUUUGGCACUGUCGAUCAGAUAUUGGAGGAUUGGAAGAGCUAUAAGGUAUCGGUUCCCACAUAUGGGGCUAUACUUGUAUCAGAGGAUCUCAAUCAAUGUCUGCUGGUGCAAUCAUAUUUUGCUCGCAACUCUUGGGGAUUUCCCAAGGGAAAAAUCAAUGAGAAUGAGAACGAGGCACAUUGUGCUACUAGGGAGGUUUAUGAGGAGACCGGCUUUGACAUCACGGACAAGAUUGAUGCAGAUGAUUAUAUUGAGGCAUAUAUCAACUAUCAAUAUACACGAUUGUAUAUAGUGCGCAAUAUACCGUUGGAUACACAGUUUGCGCCGCGCACGCGCAAUGAGAUUAAGUGUUGUGAUUGGUUUCGCAUUGAUGCAUUGCCGGUCAAUAAGAACGAUGCCAUAUCAAAAGCCAAGUUGGGCAAGAAUUCCAAUUCCUUCUUCAUGAUCAUCCCAUUUGUGAAGCGGCUCAAGAAGUGGGUGAACGAUCGACGUGCUGGCAUUGAGCCACCAACGCGUCGUCGCAAAUGCUCUGGACAGCAGAGUCCUAAAUCCAUUUUAAAUUCAGCAACAUCAGCAUCACCCACAAUGCUAACAAACAACAACAAUGGCAGCUGCAAGAAGGAGCAACAACGUGUUGCAUUGCGACGACAGCGACACAAGUCGAUGGGGGAUUUGGAUGGUGUUAAAUUGAACAAUCUCAAUGGGAAGCCGAGUGGAAAUGGAGGUGCCAAUGGUUGUGUUGUUGGCGGUGGUUGUGGCAUACUCCCUGCCGGCAACAUGUGCAAUGGCAAUACCAAGCGCAAUAGCAAUACUAAUAACAACAACAACAACAAGCAAUUGAAUGUCGCUGCGGGCAGCAAUACAAUAACAACAGCAACUACAACUCCAACAGCAAUUUAUCAGCCAGUGACAACAACAUUAGCAGAAACACCAACAACAGCUGCAACAAUUGGUACAAGCAAACGUCAACUGUUUCAUAGCCAAAGCCAAAAUGAUGCCCAGCAGCCGGCAAGCAAUGAGAAGAUUGUCAGCUCCUUUGAUUUGAUACGAAAGGAAAAGCAGCAGCAACUGAAAGCGGCCAAGGCUCAAAAGCAGCAGCAGCAACAACAACAGCAGCAGCAGCAGCAACAACGCUCACGCGCCAAAUCGCAAAGUGAUAAGCAAAGCAAUCAACAGUUGGUUGUUAAAAGCAUUUUAAGCAAACAUAAUACACAACAGCAGCAGCAACAACAGCAGCAGCAGCAGCGACAGCAGCCUCAACAAUCGACGCCAACAACAGGCAUCGAUUUGAUUGCAAUGCUGACUGCAGCAGCCGCAGCCCAAAAGACAACAAAUCCGGAGCAACAGCUGCGUCCACGGCCUGCUUCGGCAUCACUCAACUCACCAGCUGCAACUGUUGCUGGCGCACUCAACUCGAGCACAAUGCCAAUGCCAGAACCUCAAACACUCCAGAAAUUGGAGCGUAUGCCAUCUGGCACAAAUCUGCGCACUUUGAAGCGAGCGCAAUCACAGCAACCGUUGCAAAUACAACAGCAGCAAUUGCAGCAGCAACACCACCAGCAGCUACUGCUGCAGCAACAACAAUUACAUCAUCAACAACAACAGCAGCAAGGGCCACUUAACUUUACGCCCAGUUUCAAUUCGUGGACGAAUUUCUCAUUCACCAAAAAUUUUAUAGCAAAUGUAUUUUGCUAAUUCUGUUUCUCAGACACUUUUCAAAAUUCUCCUUCUGUUUGCAUUUUUUUAAGUCAAAAGGCCAGCAUCUAGGCAGCAUUAAGAACCGUUAAAUAGUCGCUAAACAAUAUUAAAAUUUUUUAAGUUUUUUAAAGUUUUCAUGGAUCUCUCGAAGCGCAGAUUUUCGAGAUGCAUUUUUCAAUAUUGAAUGAACACAUUCAACAUUUAUUUGUAAAUAGCAAGAAUUGUAUAAAAUUUUGUAAUUAACGUUAAAACAUUUUCAUACCAAAAAAAGCAGGAAGAAAAAAUGUAUGAAGCAAAGAAAUAUUGAUUCUUAGAUGGGGAAAAAUAAGAAAGAUGAGAGUCUUCCGCUCCAGCAAAAAAACACACGUCAUAUUGUAUAAAUUCAGGCAAAAUUAAAUUUUUUAUAUAUGUAGAAGGUAAAAGAUUGCAGAAAAUGAAGAAAAGAUAAAGCAAUGGAAAGGAAAAACACUUUUUAAGUACAGUAACGAUAUGAUACGAUAUACGAUUCUUUAAAAUAAUUAUAUUAUUUUAGAUUGUUUUUAUUUCUUGUAAGCAAAGAAGUGAAUGAAGCAAAGUAUCCUUCGAAUUAGAGUUUCAGCUAAGUGAAAAGAUUAUGAUGAUAAAUGAUAGAGAAAGAAUAAGAAACGAAACGAUGAAGAAAAGAAAAGAAAGCGUAGCUUUAAAAAGCCCAACGUUCAGUUUUCUAUAAUUUUCCUAAUUGUAGAUUUGUUUAUUGUGCAUGAAACAAUGAACUUUUUAUACAACAACUAUAACUACAAGAAUAAAGAAAAGAUUAAACAAAUAUGUGUGGCAAAGAGGCAAAUACAACUAAUGUGCAACAUGUCUUGCAUGACUUUCUGCCCCGCCCCGGCCCACCACACACAACACAGCCACACAACAAUUAAGAUGUAAUGCAAAAGAGCAAAAAAUACAAAUAAUAACGAGUGUAAAUAAUUAAUUGUGAUAUAGUAUUUCUUAGCACAAUUGUGAUCUUAACAAAACGGCUAGCUACUACGACUACAACUAUUAUUACAUAACAUACAUUACAUACAUACAUACACAACAUACAUUACAUAACAAACGAACCGAACAAGAGUUUUUUAUGAGAAAUUUUAAUAUAAUUCAAUUGAGGAACUUGUCAGUUGCCCCCAAAAAGACAGCUUAAACAAUGUUUAAAUAUUGGGGGAAUCCAGCGACUAAUUAAGGAGGAGGGGGGCAAUCUCAGGCAGGCAUAUCCAAGAAACAAGAAAGUAGAUAACAUGAGAGAACUCUGUGACCACUCUAAUAAAUUUCACGAAUUUAACAAAUACCAUUUACUUAAUUUAAACAAAUUUAAACCUGAUAAAUUGUCUUCUCAAAUGCUGCCUAUAGACUGGCCUUUAUUAUGGUUCUAAAAAUUUUUCUUUAGCAUUUCCCCCACUUUCCCACUUUAACUUUUUACAAAUGACUUUUAAAGCUUUUUGAAAAGCCAUAUUAAUUUUGUAUUUUGAAAUUAAUUAUUUUAAUUUAUGCAGAUUUUCUUUAAAACUAUUAUGAUUUGCAUUAUGAUUUACACAAUUGAACAGCAAUAAAACUGUUCAAAGCGUCAGACAAAUGUGCAAUGAAAUUUACACUUAAAUGUAACUGUUUUACCAUAUAUUACUUUAAUUUUGAUUUCUCUUCAACUUUAUGCAAUUUCAUUGCUCAUUUGUUUGCGCACAAAAACAAACAAAUAAACAAAACAUUAUAAAAUUGCAAAGAAUAUCAAAUAAUAAACAAUAGCAACAACAACAAAACUUAUUUGUCAAACAAAAUCAAAGAAAUUGCAUCGAAAAUUGAUAAAUUGUAUUAACUACAGAUUUAAACAAUAACCCAAAAUUAUAAUGAUUAUGUUUAUGUUUAUGCUGAAUUGUGCAACAUGAAAGCGAAAGCUUUUACGAUACUACGAGUAUACCUACAUAAAAUAUUACACAUACAAAUAUAUACUUAUUUAGUUUAUGUUUCACAAAUCAAUAGACAUUGCAAAUAGUUAAAUAUAGUCAACGGGCUGCUGGAUAUAUUCAGUUAAACCUAAAAAACCACAAGAAACCGACAACAAACCAUUAAGUUUAUCUUUAAGCAAACAAAUCUGUAAAAUUACUUGGGCCAUUUGAAAAUUUAACGACCGUUAAUGUAAAAGUCUAUACAUACAUACUUCAAUAAUUGCCACUCUACAAAUUCUACACUUGCCGUAGAUUAAGUCGUAGUUCGUAUCGCGUGCCCAAGUAACACCGACCUAUGUAUGCUAUGCAUUUUCAUCAGUUUUUCACAACUUUACAACGACGUCCAAAAAAAGUAAAUACUAAUAUAUCAAAAGAAACAAACAAAUACAAUGGCAAUUUGUAGACUUUAAUGUUUAAACUAAAACCGAACCAAGCGAAGUAAAGUUAACGCAGAUUUCAUCCAAUCGAGAACAAGAACAACGCAACUUUAAAAUACAAAUUACUCAUAUAUAAUAGUUAUUCCCCCACCACUACCUCCCCACAGCUCCCGUUUCCCAUUUGUGUGCAACUCAAAAACAAUGGCAAUAUUUUCAACAAAUUCUGGCAAUAAAAAC